AGUGUGCGUGGUUGCCAUAUAUACGUUUUCCUAAGUCUCAAAUAACAAUAAUUCUUAUGGCAUUGGUGUAUACCCGAUAUAUGGGAUGUUAAACUCAGGAUUUGUCGUGUGGUCGCUGCCUAUAUGCGGCGCUCGUACCCACAGAUUAUCUCGCGGGCGCCGUCUGUACGUGGUACCCGAAGCGAAAGGGUUAAACUAAGCAUUUUUAAACUAAGCUCCAAGUAUCAUAAUACAUUUUUAUAAAGAAUUAAAAACCGCAUCGAACAGUAUAUAAAAAAGUGUACAGUUUCAUUUAGAAGAACGAAGAUCUCGAAACGUUUCUACCUAGGCAAAUCUGGUAGUCAUCGUAAGACAUUUCCCUCGAAACAGAACAUGUUUUGUUCGAAACAUUUAUCCGAACACUGUAUAAUUUAGAAGAUAUUUGCGUGGAUUAUCUCGAUUAAAAUAAAGCAGCCUGUGUAAUAUUUAGCAUAUAGUAGAGUGCAAAGACCUUUAUUACUUCUGGCAUCGUUUGAACAUGCUGACUAUGUUUAUGCACACUUCGAGCAUCCAAGACCACUCCAUCAGAUUAAACCUACGAGAAAGGAGAUAAUUCCAAAGCAAGAAUGAAGACACUCUUGCUGUUAUUCGCGUGCAUUUGUUUGGCAGAAUGUGGUGCAGGAAGAAAGCACACUCGUGAGCAACAAGCUCAAGGUUACGAAUACGAAUACGCUCAAGAAUCUGCGCUAUCUGGUCCCCUAGUAGCCGCAGGUCCACUCACUCAUGGUCGUGGACUGCCUCAUCCAGGAUUCAGCGUUGGUGGUCCUUUAGCUAACAUCGCGAAAGGCGCGGCAGAACAAGCUCACACGCAGUUAAAUAAUCAACAUUCCGCGGCCGGACAAGCCGCGUUCGUGGCGAAAAAUACCUUAGCGCAAGCUGCUUCGCAGUCAGCGGCUACCGCGGCUGCGGCACUCGCUGGCAAACAGAUCGUGGUCCAAGGGCUGGAGCAACAAUCGAGAGAUGCCCACGUAGCGGUAGACGGGGAGAACCUGCAACUGCAACAAGCGGAACGUGCGGCAAACGCAGCAAGGACCACCGCUAAACAAGCGAUGCAGCAGUUGCAAGUAGUUACAGCGGCCUUAAACGCGGCACAGGCGACGGCUGACCGCGCAGCGCAAGCUGCCGCGGAAUCAGCGGCCGAAUUGGCUGCGCAAACCACCAUGCUUGGUCAGGCGAAAGCAAGAGCGGAGUCGGUGGACGAGCAACUCACUGCUGCUCGCCUCGAUUACGAAACCACUCAAGCGGCCGCUGAGAAAGCUGCGAGCGCAGCCGCAGCCGCGCAGAAUAACGCUGCCGCUGCCGCUGCACACGUUGCCGAUGCUGCCGCUGAUUCUGCGCUUUUGGCUCACCGGCCGAUCAAUCCCUCUCCGCUCCCGAAACUUCCUCCACCUCGGCACGGUGCUCUCGCAGAACCUGCCGUUCUCGAUGCAGGUCUUCAUGAACCCAGUGCCCUUCUCGCACCUGGCGCGCUCCACCAAGCUGACGCUCUCCGUUCACCUGCUGCGCUUCACCAAGCGGAAGCUCUCCGUCUUCCCUCCGGACUUCAUGAAGCUGCCGCGCUCCAGGAAGCCGCUCUUCGCGCGUCCAGCCUGCUUCACGAAGCUGGUCCCGCACUUCAAUCUCCAAGCGGUCUUCAUCGCUCAGAGUUGCUUAGCCUAGCCAAUGCUUUACCUACCGAUAGUUACGAUAUUAAAGGUUAUCGAUACUAGAUUCCUUCUGAUUGGACAUUUUAGACGAAUCUAGUACUUGUUACCGUCUUCAUUCAAGAAUAACGAAAUAUUAUGUUCCAUGUGUCAGACUGUGAAAUAAAAUAUUGUUGAAAUGUCAAAUAUCUUCUGCCUGACCUCUUCAUCUUUGUCCUGUUAAAUCUCUAACUAAUUGAUUUUCUUUCGUCUGCUUCUUCCCCUCCCUCCCCCGAAAUAGUACGAAAAUAUAAAUGUUAACAAACUUUUCAAAAUAAAACACGACAUAGAUUUAAGAAUAUUGGGCAAUAACAAUCUCCGUUACUUUAUUUCCAAAU